AUGUCGAACCGGUACGACAAGCAAACGACGACCUUUAACACCGCGGGGCGGCUGUUUCAGGUGGAGUAUGCGAUCGAAGCGACAAAAGCUGCGGGGCCGGCGCUGGGAGUUUUGGGAAAGGACUGCGUUGCGCUGGUGGGCGAGAAGAAAACGUCGUCCAAAUUGCUCGACCAAGCCAAGCAGCCCGAGAAAAUUUUCGAAAUCGACGACCACAUCUGUUGCGCGGUCGCGGGACUUACCUCCGACGCAAACACCCUGAUUGCUAAGCUCCGCCUCUAUGCCCAACAGUACUUGUACCGCUACGGAGAGCCGAUCCCGGUUGAGCAGUUGGUUGUCCACUUGUGUGACUUCAAGCAGGGGUACACCCAGUUUGGUGGCCUCCGCCCCUUCGGCGUUUCCUUCCUCUUCGCAGGGUAAGUUCUUACAACAUAUACUUAUACAAGCUUUGAGCUAUACGUUUUUUGUCUCUCUUUCACUUUCUCACUCUCAAGUCUAUGAUGCCAGCUCGAUCCAUUUUUUGGCAGAUUUCUUUUGCUCAGGUCCUGCAUCACCAUCCAGCAAACAGCUGCUAUUAUUUUCGUUUCGUAGUGUAAAAAGAAAAACUAUCAAAGAAGCUUGUACAACAUGCUUGUGUUCAUUCCCUCACCUAACACCUACGCAACUUUACAUGCAGUGGGGGCUCACACACACACACACACACUUUACCACCUAUUCCUUUGCAGGUACGACAAGCACUUCGGUUUUCAAUUGUACCAGUCCGAUCCAGCGGGGAAAUACGACGGAUGGCGAGCGCAUUCGAUUGGCAGUUGGGAUAAUCCCAUGACGAACUCGACACUGAAGCAGGAUUGGAAAGCAGAGGACAUGUCGGACGCCGCAGUGAAAGCGUUGAUUGGGAAGGUCAUCAUUAAGAACGGCGACACUACCACCCCGGACCCGGAGAAGUACGAGAUGGCGCUGAUCACUAAGCAUCCAGAAACGGGAAAGGUGAAGUAUGAGCGGGUGCCAGUGAAGAAGGUGGAAAAGAUCAUCACCGAUGCCAGGGCAAAGGAGGAUGCGGAGCAGGCGGAGAAAAAGUAGCUCGAAGCAGCUGGUGGUGCCGGCGCUUUGAUUCAAAAAUACACAACAAGCGAAUAAGAAUUGGUGUGCGUUUCUUUUGCACAAGGACUUUGACUGCUACACUGACACCGAGGCUCACCAUAUGAGGACGAUUUUACCCAGAUCGCACUCACAACGACCUUCGUCGUACAUCCAGUAGGACACUGCUUCUUGUUCGGCGUCGAAAGGCACGUCUCCGAAAAAUCGUUGUCGACGGUGAAGAUGAACUCAAAAGUUCAGAAGUGAACCUUUAUCGAAGUCUGCGCUACAGAUCAAGAGCACUAAAGCGAUCGGGUGCUGGAGGAUUGCCUAGGAAUUUUUAAAACGUUACGACAAGGAAAAAUAAAGACAACCUCGACCAGGGAGCGCGAUGGCUGCCUUCCUGACGUAUGCUCUCA